AAGAUUUUUUUGACAGAACAGUGAUGACACCAGAAAACAAAUGAAAAGAAAUAAGAACUUUUCUUCUGGGUGGACGUGUAAGUUGCUGUUUCGACACAGUGCCUAGCGUAAAGCGACACUUUCUUUGCCUCACCAAUUUUCCGGCGGCUCGGCAGUCCUGCAGUAAGAGCGCACGCAAUUAAGGCUGGGCCAACGCAGCGUAGCGAAUUUUCCCCCGAGUGUUCCCACCCAGUGUUGAUAAGAACGGAGCAACGUCGUCGCCCAGGGGGGUGGUGAUGGACAGCACAGCACAGCAGAAGGCAACCAUGAUAGGCGGAGACAAUUUGGAGCUUUCCUUCAAAGACCUUUCCCUCGACGCGGGAACCGUCGGCGAAGAUAGCAGUAAAAUCUUGAAAUGGAACCUGCCGCUGAAGGAGCUGUACAAGCUGGCGUGCAGUUUUUACAAAGAAAAAUCUGGAAAAGCGAUCCAUCUAAGCUAUGAGGAUAAUUUAAAGCUGGUGGCGUUCACACAGCAGGCCGCACAUGGACCGCUGGACCUGUCCAAGGCACCGCCGCUCGGCAUGUUCGAUGUGAUCGGCAAAGAUCGCAGAAUAGCGUGGCAGCAGCUUGGCACGAUCACGAAGCUGCAGGCGAUGGAGGGCUUCAUCGAUCUGCUCGACCGGCUGUGCCCGCUGUUCAAGCCGUACGUCGAAGCGAUCAAAAAGGACCGGGAGGAAAAGGCACGCCGGGCGGAGCAGGAGGAAAUCCAGCGCACCGAGGCGCUCGCCGCCGAACGGGAGCGGCAGGAGGAGCUGGCGCGGCUUGAGAGUGAGAAGAACCGCGAGGAGCUGCACCGGCGACAGCUGCAGGAUGCGCUGAACCAGCAAACGUACCAUCAGUUUAAGGAGUACGCGGAGAUCCAAUUCCCGGGCAAUCCGGAGCAGCAGGCCGUACUGAUACGGCAGCUGCAGAACGAACACUACCACCAGUACAUGCAGCAGCUGCAGGCCCAGGUGGCCACCAAUUUGGCCCGGCUGAAGAGCUUAUCGGACGGUGAGGAGGACGACACACCGACCGCGGUCGUGUGCGAGAAUGGUGCUGCUGGGGCGAUCGAGCCGGCAGCGGCUAACGAGUUUGCCAACGCGAAUAACGCCAAGGAAAAUAGUCAAUUCGAAUUUAAGGAACAGUGCGACAGUGACAACGACUCUGGAGAUUACGCAGUAAUCAGCCCGGCAAACAUGUGGACAAAGCCAGACAUUAAGCUGUUCAAGCAGGAAGUGAUGGCAGGGAAAGGGGAUGGAGUGAUACGCGUAAAUCAUGGCGAUACCGUAACGGUGAAGGUGCCAACGCACGAGGGCGGUUCGUGUUUGUUCUGGGAGUUUGCCACCGACAGCUACGAUAUCGGGUUCGGCGUUUACUUCGAAUGGGGCAAACCACCGACGACCGAGGUGUCGGUGCACAUUAGCGAAAGCGACGAGGACGACGACACGAUAGAGGAGGACGAUGAGGUCAUUUGUGCGGAAGAUCUGGAGUGCGGCCAGGUGCAGAGCAGCCAAAUGAGUUCGGCCGGCAGUGCGCUCGGUUCGCGCAAUCCCAUCUCGAUCAUCAUACCGAUCUACAGGCGCGAGUGUCACCAGGAAGUGUACGCCGGUUCGCACACGUACCCGGGCGAGGGCACGUACUUGCUCAAGUUCGACAACUCCUACAGCCUGUGGCGCCCGAAGACGCUCUACUAUAAGGUGUUUUACACGCGAUAAAAUCCGACACGAACCAAAACUCGACCGGCGUAUGUGAGAGUUUUCGCGCAAAAAAAGGGUAGCAGAGAGACACAGAGAGGUGAUGAGGUAGAGAGAGAUGGAGAGAGCGAGAGAAGAUUGGGAAAAGAGCAACGGACAAACACACAGAGCCGCAAAUAUUUAGAGGAAAUACUUUAUCUUUACUUGUAUGGAAUAACUACUAACGAUAAAUCCUUGUGGUGUGAUGUCGUUCCCUUCCCUUUUUGUGCUGCGUGCUUACCACCACGUGGGCACCCAUAUUCAAAUCAUCCCCAGGUCGAUUGAUCAAACCAAAACAAAAAACAAAACAAAAAACAAAAAAACAAAAGCAAACUGUCGUAUCGCAGGCAAAAUAUCUUGUUCCCUAGAUUCAAUAGAGUAUAUUAGUUGCAAAUACUACGUUACGAUCUGAUGGGGCCGUCCGGGGAGGAGAGGGGCCGUAGGGCAGACCGUUUGAAGAAACCAUAUCGCUGGCCCCGUGGCGUUGUGCUCCGUUGUUCUCGAGUCUAUUAGCUAAUUCGAUCGGGCGAUCCAGCCAACAUACGUUUGUUGGCAGCUGAAGCAGAAGUUGAAUGGUGAAUGAUUCAUUCCAAGGUUUUGUGCAAUCGUGUGCGUGUUUGUAUGAGUAUUGGCCGCGUGUAGUUCCCAAAAUGAUGAAACAACACUUCCCUUGCGGCGGCGGCGAGGGUGUGCGCGUCCCAGUGUGUGAUGAUCGGGUGAUGGUGUGGGGGCCGAACAUGGGUACGAUAGUUAAAUGAAAUAGGAAGAAAAAGGCAAACAAGUCCAACUAAACCCUUCCCCCUUUUCCUCACUCCUGCAACCCCUCCCCCCUCCCCACCGCCACACCAAUAGGCCCCAUCCCGGGCAACACACUUACUAAACGAUAAUGGAUGUUGAUUGUUCAGCGAAUUAAAAAACCGCUGUCCCGCGUGGCACCGGCCACCGAACGGGGAGAGGGGGAGGGUGAAAAAGUGGAAAAUAAAACCGGCGAAAUUGAUGGUA